GUUAAUCACUGAAAUCUUAGUGUACUAAUUGCUCGCUAUAAGCUAGGUUAUUGCGCCCCUAAACCAACGUACUGACAACGCUACCUCCCCGGAACUCAAACUUUAACUGAACAGUGAUCACGGGCUGUGGGAAUUGCGAAGGGAUGGUGUAGAGUAUCGCCACAACAAUGUUGAUAUGAUCACUCGUCGUUUCAGCGGGCAUGACUUGGUACAUCCAGUGACCCAGCAAAAAGUAGCCUCGGUACAGCCAGAAGUAGCAACAACUCGCAAAAGGGGAUCCUUGUCUGACUGGUGGCUGGACCACAUGUGAACAGUGACCAGCCCACCAGGUAGAAUGUCCACCAUCACCCAAGGAAUUGAUCGCAUUCCCGAUUCUCUCUGCUUUCUGGUCCUGAAUGAAGAUGGUGCUGUAGUUAGUGUAAGUUUCUGGCAGAUUUGUGAAGCCUGCAAGAGAUGAUUAUCCACAGAAUGAUGCCAUAGUCAGGUUUUUAUGUUGGUAAAAGCUGCGCUGAGUUGGAUUUGACAAUAACGGAUUUUGUAAGGGAAUUGAUCUGUGUAUACUUGUCAUCAUUAUUUGUGAUCUUCUCGGUUCGAUUGUGAAUUGGCACAAUGUCAUGCAAGUUCGGUUGGAAGAGAAAGACUGGAGAGAAAGUAAGCCUGAAAAAAUCCAGUGCAUUUGAGAAGGAGUCAAAAGAUGAUGACGAUAAUGAAGUGAGCAAUGGAGAGGUUGAUUGGCUCAGCCUUAUGCCGAAGAAGAAGAGAAUCAUGUGCCUUGAAGAUGCUCAGGCAAAGAGUGAUCGGUUGAAGAAGGAGGGAUCAACAUUGGCUGAUGCUGAGAGGUAUUGGGAAGCAAUCAAGAAGUGGGAGGGGGCACUGCAGUUGACCCCUGAAGAUGAGACCAUUCAUGAGAUGAUAUCACAGGCAUACACCAUUCUUCAUGAGGUCUACCCUGCCGUGAGGUCUGCUAGAAAAGUGAUUGAAAUAAAUCCCAGGUGGUGGAUUGCUCAUCAGACGCUUGGCCGAGCUGAGUUGAACUUGGGAGAAGUUAGAUUGGCCAUCAAAAGUUUCUCAAGAGCUCUGCACAUCAAUCCGGCUAGUGAGGAGUUAUGGGUGGACGAUCUCAACUGGGCAAGACAACUACUCAAACAAAAAAUAGACUUACAGGAAGAGUUAAGAACAGCUAAGGAUAACUGUACAGCUACAGUGACUGAACUUGUUGAAGACAGUGAAACAGCUGUUGAGCUACACACGACUAGAAACUAUCCAAAUGAAACAUUACGAAGUGAGAAGGAGACAUUGUCUAUAAAAAAACUGCCAUCGAAUUAUGUUCAAAUGAGAGAUGUACUGAAAUGAAAGAACUGUUACUCAUUAGAGAAAUGCCAUGGGCUUGAAAGAAGUAUAAAAAUAUCUCAUGGUGCUACUAUAGUCGUAGUCCCACCUAUCAUAAAAUCCCGUGUUUUUUCAAGACCCGUGUCUUCGCCGUGUGUCAAAAAACCCGCGGUGCACUUACACCUAUCAGUAGUGUUAGAUAAUGGUUAAUAGCCCCGGCGACAGGUGCGCUGUAGGUAGGGAGCUCUCCUGUGUUUCUUUCCCGUUGGAGGGCGCGCAAUACCGAGGCAACUACACCGCGCCAUCUGUCGCCGGAUCUUAGAACUUGCGAUUGCCGUGUCUAUUCAGAUUCCACCUAUCAAAAAACCCGUGUUGAACAUGGGUGUAAAUUAGCCCCAUCGAGCUCGAUGGGGCUAAUAGACACGGGGAUUUGACACACAGGUCUAUUUGGACACAGCAAUUCAUAGGUGUAAGCACAAAAGACACGGGGAUUUGAUAGGUGGAAGUACGACUUGUGCUAUUGCAGGUUUGUGUUGAACAUGGUCGAGUGUGCAGUCGUGUUUUAUCCUGAUGUUAAUCGUCAUAUACUGGCAGUACAACACAGUUUAUACCACACCCGAGGAAAGUUUGCAGUUGGCUGUGCUAUGCAGAUAAUCUGGCUGAUCUAUGACUUGUUCGGCUGUAAAUAACUUUUGAUUGAAUAUAAUUAUUUAUUAGGAAUA